AUGGCGGCGCCGGAAGCGGCAGAGGCGCCGGUCAGCGGCCUCCCGGGCGGUAGCCGAGACGGGGCGGCGGUGGAGGCGGCGGAGCGUCCCGGCUCCAGCGGCGGGGGCACCGGCGCAGCGGCGGAGAGGGGGCUUGCGAGAAAAGCGGCGGCGGCCGGGCCCAGCGCCGUCGCCGGCGGCUGGCAGAAGGUGACCAGGCGGAGGCAGUCGGGCAGGACGGCGGGGAGGAUCGACGUGUACUUUGUCAGCCCUGAAGGAAAUAAGCUCAGAUCGAAAAGUGCGCUUGUGGAGUAUUUUCGGAAGACUGGGGAGACGACGCUAAAAGCAGAAGAUUUUGAUUUUACAGCUCCUUAUGGGAGGAGUACCCGUUUGAGGGUGACAAGAUACAGCACAAAAGCUGCGGGAACUGUUUUAGAGAAUGAGGGUUGUCACAGUCAAGUGCAAGGCCUCAGUAUGCAAAAUGGUGCAGAGGAUAGAAUUCGAAGCGUUCAGACUGGAAAUGAACACCUGGAAGAUGUUACAUCCGCUCUGGAAAGUGAAGAUUUGAUCGUGAAAGGCAUACACCCAGAGGACUGUUUGAAAACCAAAAAAAAGGGGGCAGGUGGAAAAAGCAUUCAGAAGAAGAAAACUGGGAAGAGCUCGGAAAAGAGGAAUCGAGAUAAUACCCAAAACAAAAGACAGAGAAGAGUGUGUAACAAAGAGGAAACUGAGUGCGUUCAAAAGAAGAAAUCCUGUAGAAAGACAGACACGUGUGUUGCCGAUAGUCAGGGCGUAGAUGAUCAGAAUGCAGACCCUAUGGAUGCAGGAAGAACUCUGUUAAGAAUGUCCAGGUCACGGUCAGACACACGGCUAAGGUCAGCGACGGCUCGCUCGCAAAGGGAGUUGGAGAGCCUAGCAGAGGAGGAGUGCGUGGAGACAGGUUCUAAUGACGCAUCUGCUGCAAAAUCUGAGGAGAAAACCAAUGGAUUGAAAAUAGGGAAAGAGACAGAUCGAGGGAAUCCAGGUAACCAGGAUUUUAAAUCUGACACUGAAACAGAUGCUGACAUCUUGCAGCUGUGUGACAAGGCAAGCUUCACAGCAGUUAAAAUGCCGCCAGAAGAGUCUAUCCCACGAACACAAGUGGAUAGGAGGAAAACGAGUCCGUAUUUUUCAAGUAAAUACAGUAAAGAAGCUCCCAGCCAACCUAGAAGGAAGGCCUUCAGAAAAUGGACUCCUCCACGUUCUCCUUUUAAUCUGGUCCAAGAAACACUUUUCCAUGAUCCAUGGAAACUUCUCAUUGCAACCAUAUUUCUCAAUAAAACUUCAGGUAAAAUGGCAAUUCCUGUGCUCUGGGAGUUCCUUAAGAAGUAUCCUUCUCCUGAAAUAACCAGGACUGCAGACUGGAAAGAAAUGUCAGAGCUGCUCAAACCUCUAGGUCUCUACGAACUCAGAGCGAAAACUAUCAUCAAGUUCUCAGAUGAGUACCUGAGCAAGCAGUGGAAGUACCCCAUCGAGCUGCACGGGAUCGGCAAGUACGGGAACGACUCCUACAGAAUCUUCUGUGUCAACGAAUGGAAGGAGGUGCAGCCGCAGGACCACAAGUUAAACGUGUACCACGCGUGGCUCUGGGAGAACCGGGAGAGACUGAGCAUCGACUGAGCACAGCCGCGAGCGCGCCCCGUCUCUCGGUCCUCGCCGGCGUGCUCUCAGUGCGGUGGGUGUCCUUGCGGUGUUGCUCUGACCGCGCAGUUCUUAAUUGAAGUAUUUGUGUGACGCACCCGGCUCGGGUCGUCGUCAUGAAAUGUUUAAAAUCCCUACUUUUUUUAAUAAAUGCAUUCCCAUUUU